GCCGCCCGCUUCACAGUUCUCGGCUCUUUUGUGGCGCCUUCUUCCGUCGGUUGGUUAAAACUGUUUUUGAAAUAGCGGCGUAAUUUUGCUUGGAAUGAACUGGUUCUGUUUCAAUAUUGACCAAUCGGGUUGGGUUUUCUUGCGGUUGCGGGCGGGCCGGAGUAACCAUGGUGACUGUACCGCCCGCUCCCUGACAACGGCCCCGUCGCUUGGAAACUGGUGAAGCCGGUUGGAGCAAAGCUAUAAGGUCUUUGUGUUGGAGAGCGGCGAGGGAGUAAGUCAGUGCAUCCACUUCAUGCAAAACUCUGCAGCAAUGAAGAAAGGCAACACCUCAGUGUCGCAAUCCAAACUUGGAGGAAGUGUGAAGAAGCAUUCUACUCAUGGCAGUUCCAGUAACUUAGGCAGUAAAAGCCAAAAAAACGUAUUCAAUUUGUUCGGAUCAAGUGGUCGCCCAAGGAUAAGUAUACAAGCAGAUAAAUUCUUGGAUAAAGGCUAUAGUGCAGGAGGACGACAUACCACACAGGUAUUUGAUGAAAAUGGAAAAGAUGUCACUCCCCAUCCACUCUUGGAUCCUAAUAUUCCACAAGCCAGGCAAAGUAAAAUUUUCUCCUCACAAGAUUUAACAACUUCUGACUAUACCUUCACUGGCACACUUUACCAAACUGGAGCAAAUGUCAGUUAUGGAGGACCCUUUACCAGAUCCACUUUUGACAGCGGUAGCAUCUCCAGAACAAGUCGUACUUUUUCAGAUUCAAUGGAUGAUAUUGGAGAUUCUAGUGUGCAUCAUGAGGUUACAAGUAUACAUUAUGAACAAAUGCGGAGAGAGGAUGUACGAGAACAACUGACAGAUGAUGAACUAAAUAACAUUGUUGAUGUGUACCUGACAGAGACUGAAACAUAUACUUUUCUGGAUCUUCCAGUUGAAAUAAUUUCAGUGGAUUCAGGAGAAGCAGAAGCUGUAAAGACAAGGAAUGCACAAUAUAUUGAACUCUGCAGGGAGCGAGUUGGCAAUGAUCGCUACAUUGAAAGGAUGGCACAGACAUUCACUGGAGCACAAAAAUCCAAGGAUAUUCAGUGUGACAAAAUUAACACAAAAGAACAAGCUGUCAUGGCAACAACCUGGGACCUGUAUGAUAGCUAUAAGGAAAGAGAACUGUAUGCAGACGCUGCCUUCAAUCCAAUGAAACAGAAAAAAGAUUCGUUACCAGCACAAGUUAAUUUAGACAAAACUAUAAUUCAAACGUUAUCAGCUCUAAGUUCUUUAGGGUUAGAAAGCCGAUCCACCUCAUCGGGGGAGUCGGAAAGUUUUUCUUCAGUUCCAGGCAUAGAAUAUGUAGACCAUGAGCUGGACGAAAUCUUAAAGAAUGAGAAACUGAAGCAAGAUUUAUUUAUUAUGGAGCGUGUCAUUAUGGAGAAUAUUUUCCAGCCUAAACUUGCUGCUUAUCGGCAGCUACCUAUACUAGCUGAUCCAGAUGGAGGUUUGAAUGCUGAAGAAGAGCUGGUAGAGAGCAUGCUGAUUCUGGAAGUCAUGGGUCCAAAACUGCUACCACUCUGGACCUUUACCUGUAGUCUCACCAAGGGACACAAUGUGAGCUGCAUGGUCUGGAACAAACACAAUUUGGACCUACUAGCAGUCGGCUAUGGAUCAUUUGGAUAUAAGGAACAGAGAGGAGGACUGAUUUGUUGCUGGUCACUGAAAAAUCCCAUGUGGCCCGAACGCAUAUACCAAUGUGAAAGUGGCGUUACAGCGCUGGAUUUCUCUGCGGACAGCCCCAAUCUGCUGGCAGUCGGCCAUUAUAAUGGACUUGUGGCAAUCUAUAACGUACGCAACACAGAAAAUGGAAUGGUUCUGGAUAGCAGUAAUGAUAUGAAUAAGCACAUCGGCCCAGUCUGGCAACUGAAGUGGACUGAACAGGACAGAAAUUCCAAAGGGGAUGAAAAGGAAGGGACAUUAAUCUCCAUUGCUGCUGAUGGCAGGAUUGCCAAAUGGACACUUGCAAAAGGACUGGAAUCUUCAGAUUUAAUGAGGAUAAAACGAACAGGUGUACAGACAUCUAAAAAAGUGGCGAUGGAUAAAGAUAAGAAGAGUGAAGCAUCCAUAUCUCGCCAAGCGCCAGGAAUGUGUUUUGCGUUCCACCCAACUGAAACUAAUAUUUACUUGGCUGGAACAGAAGAAGGCUAUAUUCAUAAAUGCUCAUGUUCCUAUAAUGAGCAGUUCUUGGAAACGUAUGGAGUCCACAAGGGUCCUGUGUAUAAAGUAACAUGGUCACCGUUUUCUCAUGAUACUUUUCUAAGCUGCUCGGCUGAUUGGUCCAUUCAUAUAUGGAGUCAGGAAAUAGUACAACCAAUUCUACGCUUUUCUUCCACAAUUACGAAGGCUGUGCACGAUAUCAUGUGGUCACCAAAGUCAGCUACUGUGUUUGGAGCAGUGAAUGAGGACAGAAUGGAAAUCUGGGACCUCUCCAUCAGCAUAUUGGAUCCUAUUAUUAUCUGCCCAGCCAAUGAGGAAUUAAGUUUGACCACAAUACUCUUUGCUAAAAACACAGACUGCAUUCUUGUUGGGGACAGCGAUGGACAAGUCACUGUAUAUCAGCUUGAUAAGAUGCCUCCACACGAAGAUACCGUGGUCGUAUUAAAUAGCAUUAUUACGAGCACACUGGCCAGCCAAAUAGUUAGUGAUCCUUAUGCAGUGGAAGAACACGCAAAUAAUCUAUGCGAGCCUAAUCAGUAAGGAUCUUGGUCAUCUCUUGCUGCUCUAACAACAGUUAUUUCUAAUACAAAUAUUAAUUUCAUUAUUCUGCACAUUACCGCUGAUAUUAAAUAAUGUGAAAAAAUUAUUGUAAUCCUGGAAGUAUUUUCAGCACAUGCUAAAUAUCUUCUGUUCUCAAAAAAAGUUUGAGCAAUUUCAGCUAGAUUUUAUCCUCAAAUGAUUGUAAUUUUCUACUUGCACAGAGGUUUAAAAAUGGCUAAUUAGCACCAGGCACCUGGAUGUAAUGUAAUGAUGACUAAUGUAAUUAAAGUAUACGUGAACAAUU